AUGAUAAGUGGGAAGGAAAUUUACGAUGUGAUUGCUGCCACCUUCCCUUUAUACGUGCCCGUUUUCCUGGGCUACGCCUCCGUCAGGUGGUGGAAGCUCUUUACACCUGACCAGUGCAAGGGCAUCAGUAGAUUAUCAGCCUUCAUCGUCCUUCCUUUAUUCAGCUUCGAUUUUCUCUCCCGCAUCAAUCCGUUUGAGCUCAAUUGCCGGUUCCUUGCUGCCGAUGCGUUAUCGAAGGCCAUUAUAGCCGUGCUGUUGGCUGUCUGGGCUAAGUUUACCAGGAAGGGCAGCUAUUCUUGGUCCAUAACAGGUUUCUCUCUCUCCGGACUCACCAACAUGCUGGUUAUGGGCGUGCCAUUGUUGCGCGCCAUGUAUGGAGAGGAAGGUCUGGAGAUCGCCGUGCAGGCCUACAUGCUGCAAUGCAUAGGAUGGAUGAUGGCUCUGCUCCUUGUGUUGGAGGUCAGGAAAGCUACCAACAGGUUGCAGGUAUCUCCAAGAGUGGUUCCUCACGGGGAUUCACACGUUGUCUCGAUUGAUGAGGAUGACGGAAGAAAGGAGGGAGCGGAAAGUGAGGGGAGUUUGGUGUUGAAGGUGAUGAAGUUAGCGUGGCUGAAGGUUGCGGUGAACCCGAGGACGUAUGCAAGCGUCUUCGGACUCGCGUGGGCUUUCGUCUCCAAUCGGUGGCACUUUGGCAUGCCAAGCUUGAUGGAAGGAUCCAUUAAAAUACUCUCCAAAGCUGGUAGUGGAAUGGCAAUGUUUAGUAUAGGGAUGUUCAUGGCAUUGCAGGAGAAGCUGGUUGCAUGUGGACCAAGAUUGACGCUUGUGGCUAUGGUGCUGAAGUUUAUUGUGGGGCCGGCUGUCAUGGCUCUUUCCUCUAUCAUUGUUGGCCUGAAAGGCUCUGUUCUUUGCAUCGCCAUCGUUCAGGCAGCACUACCACAAUCAACCACUUCAUUUAUUUAUGCAGAGGAAUAUGGCUUGCAUCCUGAGGUGAUAAGCACAGCGGUUAUAUUUGGGACUCUUGUCUCGCUGCCCGUGCUGAUUGCCUACUAUGUGGUUCUUGAACGGUUCAAUGAGCAAGGUAGUCAGUAGGCUCUCCAACAAUAUCUCACAUUUCACAUUUUGCCCCAUACCAUGAUGUACUCUUUGAAGCAUUGUGAAAUUUGAUAUCGAAUCAUAAUAAAGAUCUUAAUUGUUA